AUGACGAACAUUGCUAAACACGGAAUGAGAAAGCGCAAGUCCAGACUACUAAGCAAGAGCGCGGAAUCUUUUACGCCGGGCUGGGUGCGAUCUGACCAAGUCUUGUCGUAUCAGGUUUCGCAAAGAGCAGUGGUGACCGAGGCAUUUUAUGCUCACUUCAUGGCUCACUUCACAUCCGAGGGUGAAAGUAGAGACAUUCGGAAUCAACGUACUUGGUUGCAUAGCCUACCUGUUCUGACAACAGAUGGCACGAAUGAGGCACUGGGAUUGGCUGCACAGGCUACGGCAUCUGCCUACUGCGCUGUCGAAAGCGGAAAUAUGGCACUUACACAAUACUCAUGGAAGCUGUACGGAGAAGCCCUACGGGCGCACAGUCGAUUCGUAUCCCGUCCGUAUACCAAGCAAGAAGUCACGGUGCACAUGGUGUCUACGAGCGUCCUGUUCAGCUUAUUCGAAGCUAUGCAAUCCACCAAUGCCGCAGCAUAUUGUUCUCACAUUUUCGGAGCUGUUCGCAUGCUUGAAUUGACUACACCAAAACAAUGCUCACAAGGGGCAUUGUGUCAGAUCUUCUAUCAUCUCCGGACCCAAUUGACAUUCAUCAAUCUGACUGGAAAUAAUAAGAGGAUACAUUUCCAAAUACAAGGGAUCUUGUACGGGCCGUUGAGAUACAUUGAGUUACCUCGGUUUCAGACGCUUAUGGGCUAUGUGUCCGACUUGGUAGAUGUCUAUGUCGCCCGGAAGACAGGCGCGUCGCAACCAGAACCUGGCUCCCACGCUUACACUGUGCUUGAGAGAAAAACUGAGGCACUUUGGCUUGAGUAUGCGAAAGACGCAGCGGAUACGGAUAAGUUGCUGUUCUGGGAGGACACUUCGACCGAUACUCGGCACUUUCGCGACGCCUUCACUGCUCUCGUCGUGGCAUACUUCAGCGUUGCUCGCAUCAUUCUCAGCCUCAUUACGCCACGACUUCCAAAUGGCUUUUCGACCCUAUCCGAUCAUUACACUUCUAUACUGCAGGCCUCGCAGUACUUGCAGACUCAUACAAUUGGAUGCGCAUACAUGCGCAUGGCCACGCCUCUGCUGCUAGUCGCACUGCAUUCCCCUGAACCUAGCCAGCGCAAUCAAGCUACCGCUUACUUCGAAGGCUGGACGCAGAGGUCCAUGUCCGGUGUUAGCGCACUUGCGCUAGACACGAUACAUCGAAAUCACCUAUACGAACCCACAAGUACCAGAGAUCACGAUGAGAGAGACGCGUUGUCGUCGGACAAAAGCACGAAGUCGCCACCCGAAGUGCCGGAAUAA